CUGUCUGCCUGCCCGCGUAGGAAAGGAAGAACAAAACAGCGUACGAUGUAUGGACGGAUGACAUGCAAAAAGAACAACGGCCGGACGGCCCUUCAACAAAGACACCCGACCCAGCCCCAGUGAUUGCGGACACAACAGUGAUUUGCACAAUGCACACUCUCUCAUGCAGCCGACACGACAAACCGUCAGUUGCGGUCAGUCGGAUGGAUGGCUGGCCUCUAUGUCUCACCCCUCCCUCUCUGCCUCCAGGGCAUGCACGCGCCUCUGCAGCUCCUGAACGACGGCUGCCAUGGUGUAAAACAUAUGGUCCAUGUCGAUGUACAGUGUCUCGGUGGGUUCCAAGCCCUCAACCGCCGCACUACUGGCAGACACCGCCUCUGAGAGAAAGGAGGAGAGCCAGCCAUACCACACACAGAGACAUGCAUGCUUACCCGGUAACACUCUCUGCAACUCCUGCGCCAACACCCCUACAGCAGGCAAAUCAGACAGACAAACCGAGAGACGCACGUGUCUCAUGCACGCGAGGGACCCCUCAAUUGCUCACGCGUACACUUACCGAUGUGCACUUUGUCUCCGUCUUCACCUCGCACCUGCGCUUGGUCCCACUGGAAGUUCUUCAGAGGCAACUCGGCGAACUGCAUGAAUCAAAGACAGACAGACGGAUAAGGGAGCACUGAUGUCGAUCUGUCCGUCCAGAGCGGUGUGUAGGGCUCACACGCUCACUUACUUUGUCGUAUGCCUCCUGCACCGAUUCAGCCGUCACGUCCUGCAGAAAGGCAGCCAAGAAGCCGAGCACAAAGCAGCUCUGGCCGGCGCGUAUGCCAGCAUACCUACCUGUAUGUUCCUCUUGGACCUCUCGUCAGAGAGUCCUUUCUCAACGGUGCGGUAGAUUCUGGUUGUGAAUAUCUUCCUGCGCGCAGAGCAUGCACAGCACAGCAGACACACGGACGCGAAGAGCGAUGCAUGCCACUGCAUGGUGCAGUGCAGUGCGUCGUGUGUGCACGUAUUGCUAGCAUGCCAGAUGUUGUGGUCCUCUCCACAUCCGAUGAUGCCUGCAAGCAGACAGGCAGACAGGCAAGCGAAGGGACAAGGAAAUGCGAGUGAUGUGACGCUGACGCCGGUGAGCUCACCAAAGCCGUCACUCGGUGACCCCUCGGUGUUCUGGACCACAAGGGCAGGAUGCAGCUCGCCAGUAUCGGGGUCCUCAUCACCCGCAUUCGCACGGCACGACUCCUCAGACCAUUGUCGGGUGCUGACGACGCUAUUGCUGAUGGGAUCCGCAGCCACGCACGACACACACCCAAGGGCGACGAGCACAAUUGCGGCACGAGCCAUCACGGGAGGCAUAUUCUCGGCCCAAAGCAAGCGGUGAGGGCGGAUUUUUGAUGAUUCGGAUUCGG